ACACGUGUACCUGGAGUGGCGUGCCCACUGCGGCAAUACCAGCACAGUGCUUUGGGAACAAUCGUGUCCAUCUCUUAUACAGCCUGGCCCGAGCUCUAGCUCUAGUUGUUUGCCAUGGAAUCUACCAGCGCAUCGACAAUACGAACUUUAUGGCAUGCUCCCUCAGAAGUACCGGGGAAUAUCACUGCACAAUCCCAGCCGUCGUCACCACGGUCAAGCGCCCUGGCGUCUUCCCCAAACAGUCCUUCUGAGUCGGUGUCCUCUUUACCUUCUGUCAGCUCGUCAUUCUUCUUCUCUUCCGCAGCUGCCAGUCCACCGCGCUCCCAGCCUCAGUCUGAUCACCUUGCACGGGAUUCCAGUACACAGGGGCUUAUCAUACCGUCUCUGACCCUACCAGCUGCAUUGCGUCGUCCGACUCCUUUUGGGAAAACCCUUGGAGAUUUGAGGCUACUAGUCGUAGGGAAUGGCGCUGAUGACCGUGAGCUGGUGUCCAAUCUACUCCUGGACGACAACGAGGAUGUUGUGGAUAUCAGCGGAUGGGAGGAUUUCGAACACGGUUCGAUCCUAAGAGCAUCGACAGACUGGAUCGAGCAUCGAGAUGCCCACGGACUUGAGAAGUUUGAGCCUGCGAAGAAUGUCGAAAUCAUAUCCCUUGCACGACACGAGUUCGAUGAUAAUUCAACGAAAGCUUCUAUACUACCAGUCAUCCAGUCACCAUUUCGCUCCGUAUCUGAAUUAAUUGAUCCUCGAUGCCAGCCGUCUGCUUCUCUAACCAACUUAAUUGCAUCCCCGUGGUCACCAUUGCACACCGCGCUCAUCAUCCUAUCCAACUCAGGCCCGUCUGCUUCGGAGGACGGCCCCAUCGACUUACUUACUCCACACAUACCCGUCAUACUCAUGCGCCAUGGUCCAGACCAUACGCAUUUCCCUUCUCGCCCUCACAUGUCAUCAUUCAGGCCACGUUCAGCAGCUGCCCUUCGGAGUGGCCUUUUCCGCUCGCCGGAGACGCUUUCUUCACUACGAUAUGAAGCGGCAGAGCGCUUCCUUCGCUGGCGUGAAGUCGAGUGCGCCGUAGAGGGAAUAAACGCCUCCCAUCGAGAAAUCGUAUCCUUGUCCUCCAAUGAACCUUCAUGGAACAAGGCGAAAUGGGAAGCAGAAUGGGAAUCUCGAUUGUCGCAGGAUGUUGCUAUCUCUUGCGAGCGCGAAGACCCCGCGAGGGUUCCAGCGCAGCAGUGCUUUGAUCCACUGCAUCUAUCAUCAUUACUUUCGUUUUCUUUGUGCCUUCUUGAUCCUGCGACGAGAUUGCUAAGAAGAAGUGCUUCUACUUUUGUCGAUAAGUUGGCAGACAGUCAGGUCAGGAUGGCAAUGGUGGGCAGUUUGUGUUUGGGAAUUGGGAUCGGGAUGAUGAUACGAUGAGAGGCGGCUUUUCAGGAGGCAGUUUGUCAUGAGGAGCGUUCGCUUGAUUCUCGUACACAUAUUUGCUUUAAUUCUGUAAUAUCCGUUUCAUUUCACUAUUACUUACUUACUGCGCAUCUAUUAGUAGUAGUCGGAGUGCGUGAUUCAAAGACAAUUCAGUACGCGAUUCAGAGGGGGCUCAGCGAUUUAGUGCGCGAUCUGGAGUCGAAUCCGCGUGAAAAUCGCUAG